AUGGCAAGCCACUACACUCAUAUCACGGACGAGCAGGCGGAGAUGAUUCGCAACGCUCCUGUAUUCUUCGUGGGCACGGCAGAUUUCGGUGAGGAAUCGAACAAUAGAAUUGACGCGGUUAAUGUCUCGCCCAAGGGCGGCGUGCCGCUGCACAUGAUUAGCCCGAAUCACGUGGCAUACCUCGACUACACCGGCAGCGGCAACGAGACUGCGCGCCAUUCGGAAACGGGAAGCCCCGUAACCGUAAUGGUGUGUGCCUUCGAGGAAGGAAACGCGGGCAUAGUGCGCCUCUACGGUCGCGCGCGCUCAAUGCCCCUUGACGACUCGCCUCUCGUUGACAUGCUUCUGGAGCAGCCCGCCGAUGAGAUCGCUUUGCCGAUGCGACAAGUCAUUGAUAUUGAGAUAGAGAAGACGAGCACAAGCUGCGGGUACGGCGUCCCGGUGAUGUCCUUCGAGCGCGAGCGCACCGUCGGCGACAGGGGCCGCCUCUACAAGGGAGCGCCGGUGCCGCAGCGGGCGUAA